GUAGUACAAUACAAGAAGUAGGUAAAUGAAAAGAGAAAAUAACAAGAAAGCUUUCCAUUCAAGUUUUCCAAUUCUAAACACUUAUUCAAGUAUACAACAUCAAGAAUUCUCCGGUAGAAUUCAUUCCGUGAAAUACAAGCUCAAACUUCUUUUAAAUUCCGGUCAAGAUUCUUGAUUAUAUUAUUGAUCAAGAGAUGACUAUGAACAAGAAAGGUUCAUGGAAAUGCAUAAUCUUGAGCUGUUACAAGACUGAACCGGUCUCCUUGCCGGAAUCUGAUGAAAAUCAGGCGUUAAAACCUACUUCUUUCCGGCGACGGUCGUUGUGGGAGUUGAGUAAUCCUAGCUCACCACUCUGUGUUGAAGAUCUCUCGAACUCGUUUGCCGGUCCGAAGUUGCAUAUUUUUACAUUUUCAGAAUCAAGAAACGUAACACAGAAUUUCUCAAGGAGUAAUUUGCUCGGAGAAGGUGGGUUCGGACCGGUGUAUAAGGGGUUUGUCGAUGAUAAACUCCGGCCCGGAUUGGUGGCUCAAUCUGUAGCUGUGAAGUCUCUUGAUUUGGAUGGAUUGCAAGGCCAUAGAGAGUGGAUGGCAGAAAUAAUAUUUCUUGGGCAGCUGAGACAUCCAUAUCUUGUUAAAUUGAUUGGAUAUUGUUGUGAAGAUGAUCAGAGACUAUUAGUUUAUGAAUACAUGCCAAGAGGAAGUUUAGAGAAUCAGCUUUUUAGAAGAUAUUCAGCUGCAUUGCCAUGGUCUGUCAGGAUGAAAAUUGCACUAGGUGCAGCUAAGGGUCUGGCAUUUCUCCAUCAAACUGAUCCACCUGUGAUCUAUAGAGACUUCAAAUCUUCAAAUAUCUUGUUGGACUCUGAUUACACUCCAAAACUAUCAGAUUUCGGAUUGGCAAAGGAUGGGCCUGAUGGAGACGAAACACAUAUAACAACCCGAAUCAUGGGCACGCAAGGCUAUGCUGCUCCAGAGUAUGUCAUGACAGGUCACCUAACAACAAUGAGCGACGUAUACAGUUUCGGCGUAGUUCUACUAGAAUUGUUAACCGGGAAACGUUCUAUGGACGACACACGUCCUAGUCGAGAGCAGAGUCUCGUAGAAUGGGUAAGACCGUCGUUGAAGGAUCUAAACAAGCUUGACAGGAUCAUUGAUCCGAGACUCGAAGGGCAAUAUUCGAGCAGCGGAGCUCAAAAGGCGGCUGCAUUAUGUUACAAAUGUCUGAGUCAUCAGCCAAAGGCUAGACCUACAAUGAGUCAUGUGGUAAACAAUUUGGAGUCUCUUCAGGAUUUUGAUGAUACAUUUUCUGCGCCAUUUGUUUACAUUGUUCCUAAUGAAAAUGGAACCAAGAAUUGCUUUGAAAGAAAAGAAGCUAGUGAAGAAAUCGGAACGAAUCACCGCCGUGGUUGGCGGCAUCGGAUCAAAUUACCGCUGUCUCGAAUGGCUUUUUCAGAUUCUGAUCUUUAUCAGAAUUUUGGAAAUGGAUAUAACUCUCCAGGAAAUUAAUUAGAUGGUAUAGAUGAUAGAAAUUUAUACAAGUAUAUAAAAGCUGAAAAUCAUACAUUUUAUUUUGGUUAGGUAAAUAAAAUCAUGAGCUAUCAAGUGUUUUAUGAUUUCAAUACAAAUUUUUAUUUUUUUUACGACUCCAAUCACCGACUGGAAAUACGAUUUAUCGGUGCUGAGUGGACACCGGAACUCAUCUUACCAUGCGUUUUGUUGUUGAGAUCCGAUGUUCUAUAUCAAUGCUUGUGGGUCGAAUUUUCAAUUAGCUAUUCGAGUUAUAUAAAAUUAAAAUUUAUAUUGAAAUCGCAAAAACACACUAUAAUUUAUGAUUUUAUUGGCCGUUAACCCUUUUAUUUUUCUAGAAUUAUUCAAAUGCCUUUUAAGUUUGUAACAUUGAUGCAAAACUGCAUGUAAUAGAGAAUAGAGAGUUGAAACUCCUGCAAGGGAAAUCAUAGAUAAUAAAAUUAUAGCCAAAGAAAAGAAAUUGGCAAUUUUCUUAGCAAA